UGAGAAGGAGGAUUCUCGUUGUAAGGGUGUAGCAUACGUUGACACCAACCAAUUGAGCGCAGGCUUCGCACGACUGUGUAUCACUCCUUCACAGAGCGCUCUGGAAGUCGGUGAGGGGCAGUUUGAAGGCAAACAGUGUAAGGGAUAUACUACUUGUACCAGUACGGACUAACCGGAUUAGGUAGCGUCAAAGAUGAGUUUAUUUAGCUCCACUGAUCGCUUUGAUCACCUUUUCACCAUAGUUGAGAACGAAUUUAAGGUGGGCAGUGACAAAGGGGACCCCUCCGAGAGUGAUGUGAAAGUCAGCCUGGAUGAGGAUGCUUUAUGGACCAAGUUCAGAGAGCUGACCAACGAAAUGAUCGUCACCAAAACUGGCAGGAGAAUGUUUCCUGUUUUGAAGGUGAACAUCACUGGCUUAGACCCCAACUCAAUGUAUUCUGUGCUUCUGGAUUUUGUUGCUGCUGAUGAGAACAGAUGGAAAUACGUGAAUGGUGAAUGGAUUCCUGGAGGCAAGCCUGAACCACAGAGUCCCAGCUGUGUUUACAUUCAUUCAGAGUCCCCAAACUUUGGAGCUCACUGGAUGAAGGCACCUGUCUCAUUUAACAAAGUCAAGCUUUCUAACAAGUUAAAUGGAGGUGGACAGGUCAUGUUAAACUCUCUCCACAAAUAUGAAGCCCGGGUUCACAUUGUGAAAGUUGGAGGUACUCGGAAGAUGGUUGCCAGUCGGUCAUUUCCAGAAACACAGUUUAUUGCUGUCACAGCUUACCAGAAUGAGGCAAUCACUGCCUUGAAGAUUAAGCAUAAUCCCUUUGCAAAAGCUUUCCUUGAUGCUAAGGAAAGGCGUGACCAUAAAGAUGCUUUAGACAACCUGAGUGAUGGGCAGCAAACAGGAUAUUCCCAGAUUGGCAGUUGGUUUCUUCCAAGUAAUGGAACACUGUGCAGCCCUAUAAAUACCCCUUCACUGGCAGGGGAACCUCUCUCUUCAGGACAUGGAUCUUAUUGUGAACGUUACAGUGGCCUGAGAAAUCAAAGGGCAUCACCUUACCCAAGUCCCUACAGCCAGAGGAAUGCCUCUCCUAACAGCUAUAUUGAAAACCCGCCUUCCAGCCUUUCUGUAAUUUCUACUCAUGAUGGAUGGUCUGGACUGAACCUUUCUGCUUCUUCAGGAGUGUUGCCCAUUUCAGCAAGCAAUGCAUCGUCCACAGGCCAGUAUCCCAGCUUAUGGUCCAUCAGCAGCAAUACUCUCUGCCCCACCUCUCAGUCUAGUUCUACAUCCACUGGUCUGCCAAGCCAGCUUCUGAGAAGUUCUUCAGUAUCUUAUACCAGUCUGUCCUCUGCUGUACCAGCUCCUGCAGUAUCUCCCUUGUAUGAAGGCUCAUUGGCAGAGGUGACAGUUGGUGAAGGGCAGUAUGACUCUUGCAUUGCCCGGCUGACAUCAAGUUGGGCUCCAGUAACUCAAACAUAUUGACAUGUAGAACAGGAUUCCAUGGUAACAAUUAAUGACAUUGCUGAA